CGCCGCCGCCGGCCGCCGCCGCGGCAGCACUACCCGCCGUCGGCUCGCUGGAAGCGCGUCUGCAGACGCCGACCGAAGACGCCACCGACAUAUCCCUCCUCUCCGUAGUGCUCCUGGGCAACUGUCACGUGUCGCUGAUGAUCUUCGGCGCGCUCUUCCUGAUGGCCGGCGCGCUACUAAGCGUGAUCGCGUUCCGUGCGCCGUCCGGCGCGCCGCACGACUACCAGACGCGCGUGGCCGGCACGCUCUUCCUUUGCCUGGCGCUCGUGAUGUGCACGUUCGGCCUGUGCCUGUGCCGUAUGGACCAUCAGCUGAAGCGGCACCACCAGGAGAAGGGUGGCGUCGAGUCCGGCGAGUGCUCACUCCACCACGGCACGCGUCGCUGUCACCGCGUGCUGCCCUCGGUCCAGUGGGCACGCCGCUCCUCCCAGCGUCUGCGAAAACACAUGCUAACGCAGCUGGACGAGCGCUGGUCGCACCACGGCUCCACCAAGCGCAAUGACAAGUCGAGCUUUUCUUCCAUCCAGCUGCUCGCCGAGUCCAAUGAGUCGUUGGGGUGCGGUCGGUGCACGGAGGCUUCGUAUGGGACGAUGGCCAAGAGGGCUGAUGUGGCUAGCUUUCCGUGUUCAAGCCAGCGAUUUUGAUCGAUCGAGCAUCGACACAGUACUGAGCAUGCCACACACCGAAAGUCUGACAAAUAUCAGUGUUGCUGAAUGCGAUUUUCAUGCGGUAGCGGAGCGUUUAGUUAUAUUCGUAGUAUGCGCUUAUAGCCUAGUGAAAUGUUAUAAACCGAACUGCAUAGAUCUCCUGCAUGUUAUCGUCGAUGAAGGAUGCGGAUGUGUUCUGUGGGAACCCUUCCGGUUUUACACGAAAUAACCGUAAGGCAGCGGUGAUGUAAGAGUUCCAAAGAUUGCGCUUGUGUGUGCCUACAGCAUAUGGUACAUGAUACCGCGGUCCAUUUGUAAUGAUGUCAGUGUUAUAUGCUAGCCUACCAAGGAAGCAUCGUUCAUGUUAUUACACAGUACCGUAUUGGACGACUGUUACUUUCAUUGCCUCGCAGCCGGCGAAGAGUGUGUCCGAAUUGAGGAUGGAGCGACCCCUUACCGGUGUCACAUAAGACCUGGCAAUUAAAAAAACUGCGGAAACGAUGGAACAGGUGUGCGUGAAAGACAUGUUUUAAGGUGAAUGUUCUUUAAACGGGGUGCCUCACCUUUAAGGCAGAUCUGCCGUCCAAAGGCGAAAAGGUCUAUGAGCCAUCACUUCAGCCUUUUUGCCUUUGCAUGGCAGAUAUUUCAACAACAAAA